GUAUAAAUGUCUCCUUCAUGAAUAACAGAGGACAGAGGAGCAAAAGAUGAGCAGAAAAGCUACAUUUAGUAAAAAUCUUCAAAAGGGUCCAGACCACAAGGGGGAGACAACGUACAUCAUGUACCACGGAACCACUAUGCUUCAUUCGGUCUGAGGAUGGCAUGCUUGGCCCUGGCGUCUAUGUCAGCCGCAGUUUUGCCAAGACAGCCUGCUACCCUAGGGGAUCCAAAGGCCAGAAACGAGCUGUGCUCAAACUGAGCGUCCGUGUGGGCAGAGUGAAAAUGAUUGACAGGCAAGGCCACCACUUGCAGAAGAGCUGGCACCAGGCAGGAUACGACACGGCCUGGGUCCCGCCCAACUGUGGCAUGGUGAAAAGUGGGUGUCAGGAGAACUGUGUCUGGGACCCUAAGAGAAUCAGAGUGCUCUCCGUUCAAAGCAACAACCGAGAGAGCAAUGAUGAUGAAUCAACAGAUGAAGAUGAUGAAGGGGAUAACUAUGAUGAUGAAGAAGAAGGGGAUGAUGAGGAUUAUGAUGAAGAUCAUAAAGAAGAAAGUGAUGAUGAGGAAGAAGAUGAUGAUGAUGAUGAUGAUGAGACCGACAACAGUAGCCAUGAAUCCAGAGAGGAAGAGAAUAGUGUUAGAGAAGGAGGUGUGUCUGGUGAUGAGUUCACACACUACUAUGGAUAUGUAAAUGCACAAGAUGCCUCUCCAGAUCAUGUCGAUGACAGAUCCUCUGAUGAUGAUGAUGAUGAUGACGAAGCCAGUGACAAAGAGGGUUUCAGCUGUGGUGAAAGUGGCGAUGCUUUCACAAAGGCUGGUGCAAGGGAAUCCAGUGGAGAAUCUAGGGAUAAUGAUUAUACUGCCAAAAAUCACAUGUUGAUGUCAAAACGUACUCUUCACAAAGCUGUCGACUUUGCUAACAGCUGUAUAUACAGUAGCAGAGGAAAUCACGGAAGUUUCAGAAUGCUUUUCAGGAUGAAUCUUCUCCUGUUCAUAGGAACACCUGCAGGGACAACCAUGAACAAGGCCUUAGAGGUCAGUGGUCCUCACCAUGCCUCAGAGAGCAAUAAAGUCCAGGAGGACCACUGCAUGAUGUACCAUGGCACCACUCUAAGGGCAGCCCGCCGCAUCCAGCGCUUUGGCUUCAUCCCCUCCACAGACGGCUCUCUUGGCCGGGGCGUUUACGUCAGCCGUAGCUUCGAGAAGGCCACGCACUAUCCUGGAACGACGCAGCGAGGCCAGAGGCUCGCUAUUCUGAAGCUCCGAGUGUGCAUGGGCAAGGUUCUGGAAAUCAAAGGGAUGGAUCAUUCUCUGCGGAAGAGCUGGCAUAAGGAGGGGUACGACGCUGCCUGGAUCCCGGCCACGGGAGAACGGCUGGAAGAACAUUGCAUUUGGGAUCCCAAGCAGAUCACUGUACUUAAUAUCAUAACGGCCGACCACAACAACUGCUUUGUGGAACCCCCUAGCGAGUCUUCUCUGUGAGUGCUGACAGAUUAUGCUGAAAGCACGAACCAGUCCAGUUUCAACAUCAUUUUAUGUAUCUCUAUUGAUUUUCUUUUCCUUGUCUUCUUUUAUGUCUUGCUGUUCUUGAGAGGUUCCACACAGCACAGCAUAAAAAUAGCCAUUUCCUUUGGGUCUGAUUAAUUCAGCCCAUUAUGGUUGUGUGGGGUGUUUGUUUGUUUGUGUUUGUUCAUGUUCCUGAAGCCCCACAGUUACUACUCCGAUUUCUAGGUUGAAUGCAGUGGUUUUGGCUUUAUUUAUAUUGCAGUGAAUACAUUAAAUCAG